GCGGGCGCAGGCAGCGGCAGGCGCUGCGGGACGGUUCGGGGCGGCCCGGGCGGGGUAGCGCAGCUGAGAUGCCGGGCCCGGGCGGGGACCCCAAAGGGGAGGAUUACUCCACGGCCAUCCUGCGCCAGAAGCGUCGGCCCAACCGGCUCCUCGUGGAUGAGGCGGUGAAUGAGGACAACAGCAUUGUCAGCCUGUCACAGACCAAGAUGGAGGAGCUGCACUUGUUCCGGGGUGACACGGUGCUGCUGAAGGGCAAGAAGCGCCGGGAGACGGUCUGCAUCGUCCUUACUGACGACUCCUGCCACAGCGAGAAGAUCCGUAUGAACCGCGUUACUCGCAACAACCUCCGUGUGCGCUUGGGCGACGUGGUGAGCAUCCAGGCCUGCCCGGAUGUAAAGUACGGGAAACGGAUCCACGUGCUGCCCAUUGACGACACCAUCGUCGGCCUGACCGGGAACCUCUUUGACGUGUACCUGAAGCCCUACUUCCUGGAGGCCUAUCGGCCUGUGCACAAAGGUGACAUCUUCCUGGUGCGCGGCGGGAUGCGGGCUGUGGAGUUCAAGGUGGUGGAGGUGGAUCCGAGCCCCCACUGCAUCGUGGCCCCCGACACCAUCAUCCACUGCGAGGGGGAGCCCAUCAAGAGAGAGGACGAGGAGGAGAGCCUAAACGACGUGGGCUACGAUGACAUCGGGGGCUGCCGGAAGCAGAUGGCUCAGAUCAAGGAGAUGGUGGAGCUGCCCCUGCGCCACCCAGGGCUCUUCAAAGCCAUCGGCGUCAAGCCGCCCCGAGGCAUCCUGCUGUAUGGCCCCCCCGGCACUGGGAAAACGCUGGUGGCCCGAGCUGUGGCCAACGAAACAGGAGCCUUCUUCUUCCUCAUCAACGGUCCGGAGAUCAUGAGCAAGCUGGCGGGUGAGUCAGAGAGCAACCUGCGCAAAGCCUUUGAGGAGGCCGAGAAGAAUGCACCAGCCAUCAUCUUCAUCGAUGAGCUGGACGCCAUUGCCCCCAAGAGGGAGAAGACACAUGGCGAGGUAGAGCGCAGGAUCGUGUCCCAGCUGCUGACGCUCAUGGAUGGCCUGAAGCAGCGCUCCCAUGUCAUCGUCAUGGCUGCCACCAACCGGCCCAACAGCGUUGACCCCGCCCUGCGCAGGUUUGGGCGCUUUGACCGUGAGAUUGACAUCGGGAUCCCAGACUCAGUUGGGCGGCUGGAGAUCCUGCAGAUCCACACCAAGAACGUGAAGCUGGCCGAGGACGUGGAUCUGGAGCGGGUGGCCAGGGAGACGCACGGGCACGUGGGCGCAGACCUGGCGGCGCUGUGCUCCGAGGCUGCGCUCCAGGCCAUCCGCAAGAAGAUGAACAUCAUCGACCUGGAGGACGACACCAUCGACGCCGACAUCCUCAAUGCCAUGGCCGUCACCAUGGAUGACUUCCAGUGGGCUCUCAGCCAGAGCAACCCGUCGGCGCUGCGGGAGACGGUGGUGGAGGUGCCCCAGGUCUGCUGGGAAGACAUCGGGGGGCUGCAGGAGGUGAAGCGAGAGCUGCAGGAGCUGGUGCAGUUCCCGGUGGAGUACCCGGACAAGUUCCUGAAGUUUGGCAUGACGCCGUCACGGGGCGUUCUCUUCUACGGGCCGCCGGGCUGCGGCAAGACCCUGCUGGCCAAGGCCAUCGCCAACGAGUGCCAGGCCAACUUCGUCUCCAUCAAGGGCCCUGAGCUGCUCACCAUGUGGUUCGGGGAGUCCGAGGCCAACGUGCGCGAUGUCUUCGACAAGGCUCGCCAGGCCGCCCCCUGCAUCCUGUUCUUCGACGAGCUGGACUCCAUUGCCAAGGCGCGGGGCGGCGGCGCGGGGGAUGGCGGGGGGGCGGCGGACCGCGUCAUCAACCAGAUCCUCACCGAGAUGGACGGCAUGACCAACAAGAAAACGGUCUUCAUCAUUGGGGCCACCAACAGGCCAGACAUCAUCGACCCAGCUAUCCUGCGCCCCGGGCGGCUGGACCAGCUCAUCUACAUCCCACUGCCUGACGACACCUCUCGCGCGGCGAUCCUGAGCGCCAACCUGCGCAAGUCGCCUGUGGCCCGGGAUGUGGACCUGAACUACCUGGCCAAGAUCACCCAUGGGUUCUCGGGCGCUGACCUCACUGAGAUCUGCCAGCGUGCCUGCAAGCUCGCCAUCCGCGAGGCCAUCGAGACGGAGAUCAAGAUGGAGCGGGAACGCCAGAGCCACCCGGAUGCCGUCAUGGACGAUGACUAUGACCCAGUGCCUGAGAUCCGGCGGGAUCACUUCGAAGAGGCCAUGCGCUUCGCCCGCCGCUCCGUCAGCGACAACGACAUCCGCAAGUAUGAGAUGUUUGCCCAGACACUACAGCAGAGCCGCGGCUUUGGCAACUUCAGGUUCCCGGCUGGGAAGCAGAGCGGGGACGGAGGGACUGAUCGUGCAGGUGGCUCCCGGCAGGGUGACAAUGGCCGGGGCGGCCUCUUCCAAGAGGAGGGGGACGAUGACCUCUACAACUGAUGGGUGGGAUCACUGGCCCCACCCCCUAUGCCAAAGCAUCAGCUCCGCCCCUUGUGCCAGACAGCCCCGCCCUUUGCACCGGGGCAUCUUGUACCGAAGCCUCGGCUCUGCCUCUUGCACCAGAAAGCUCUGCCUUCCCAACCAGACAGGUCUGCCCCCUGCCUCAAAGAGCUCCGCCUUUGCAACCAGAAAGCCCCGCCCCUCGCUCCAGAGAGCUGUCUUUGCAACCAGAAAGCUCCGCCCCUUGCUCCAGAGAGCUCCGCCUUUGGAACCGGAAAGCCCCGCCCCUCACUCCAGAGAGCUCCGCCUUUCCAGCUGGAAAGCCCUGCCCCCCCUUGCACCAGGAAGCUCUUCCCAAGCAGGCAGCCCUGCUCCCGUGCCAGCUGUGAUUCCCCGCAUGCCCCAGUUGCUCUUGGUUGUGUUCUUUUGUGUGGUAACAAGCCCAGGUCUCCCAGCCCCCACCCC